ACCUGGGUCACCUCUUUCCCAUGCCUUCUUCCCUUGACCAACACAACCCAUCCUCAUUCUUUCCUUGACUAAACUAACCAUUCCUAUUCUCUUCCUCUGCACUAAAAUAAUCAUCCUUUAUAGCCUCUUAAUAUUCCCAUUGCUUAAUAUUUCUCACUUCAGAUAAAAAGAAAAAACAAAUCAACAAAUGGCAUCUUCAUGGACUCCCAGGCAGAACAAACUGUUUGAACAAGCCCUGGCUUUAUAUGACAGGGAAACCCCAGACAGGUGGCAAAAUGUUGCCAAUGUGGUGGGAAGAUCAGUUGAAGAGGUUAAAAGGCACUAUGAGAUCCUCAAGGAAGAUGUCAAACGCAUUGAACAUGGCCAAGUCCCAUUUCCUCGUUACAAAACCAACAGCAACAACACUUAAAAGAGUAUUUGUAUUUGGUAAUGAACAACACAGGUUCUUGAAGAUUCAGAAUCCACUAAGCAUGAAUACCCUUUAGCAUAUCUUCCAUAAAUAGUAAAUAGUGUAUCUCAAGCAGCAAGCUAUAAAAAACAAUCUUACUGCACCCUACCAUGUGAUUUCAGCAAUCUUCUACCCUGUUUUCCUCCUUUCUUUUUUGUAUACCAAGGUUCGUUUCU